AACUCAAAUUCCACUCAACCAGCAAAACCAAAUCCUUUAAGCUCUCCAAUUGCAUUAUCAUUCUCUAUCUCAUAUCUCUCCACCACAUAGCCCAUUUCUCUCUCUCUCUCUCUCUCUCUUCACCCAUUUCUCUCACCACCAUUUUCACCUGUUUCUUGUUGUGUUUAUGGAAUGACUGAAUUCAGCUUACCCACCAUGAAUUUGUGGAAUAAUAGUACUACUGAUGAUAACGUUUCUAUGAUGGAAGCUUUUAUGUCUUCCGAUCUUUCAUUUUGGGCUACUACUCCUGGUGCUAAUUCAAAUCCUCUUCCUAUUCAUAAUAAUAAUACCCCAUCUACUACUCUUCCUCCUUCUUCUUCAACUUCCACUAUAACCGCUUCGGCCGUUGAUGCUUCUAAAUCCAUGCCGUUUUUCAACCAAGAAACGCUUCAGCAACGUCUUCAAACCCUAAUCGACGGUGCUCGUGAGACGUGGACCUACGCCAUCUUCUGGCAGUCGUCUGGCGUUGAUUUCUCGGGCCCGUCCGUGUUGGGUUGGGGAGAUGGGUACUACAAAGGCGAAGAAGAUAAAGCCAAGAGAAAACUAUCUGUUUCUUCUCCUGCUUAUAUAGCCGAGCAGGAGCAUCGGAAGAAGGUUCUCCGGGAGCUGAAUUCUUUAAUUUCCGGAACACAAACCGGAACCGAUGAUGCUGUAGAUGAAGAAGUUACCGACACUGAAUGGUUUUUUCUUAUCUCCAUGACUCAAUCGUUUGUCAGCGGAAGUGGGUUGCCGGGUCAGGCUUUGUACAGUUCGAACCCGAUUUGGGUUGCUGGAGCAGAUAAAUUAGCUGCUUCACACUGCGAACGGGUUCGUCAGGCUCAAGGAUUUGGGCUUCAAACCAUGGUUUGUAUUCCUUCAGCUAAUGGUGUGGUUGAAUUGGGCUCAACAGAGGUUAUAAUCCAGAGUUCUGAUCUCAUGAACAAGGUUAGAGUAUUGUUUAACUUCAAUAAUGAUUUGGGCUCAGGUUCAUGGGCUGUGCAGCCCGAAAGCGACCCGUCGGCGCUUUGGCUCACUGAUCCAUCUUCCUCAGCUAUGGAAGUUAGAGAGUCUAUAAAUACAGUUCAAACAAAUUCAGUUCCAUCAAGUAAUAGUAAUAAGCAAAUUGCCUUUGGAAAUGAAAAUGGUCAAAGUUCUUACAAUCAGCAACAACAGCAACAAACAACACACGGAUUUUUCUCUAAGGAGUUGAAUUUUUCGGAAUUCGGGUUUGAUGCAAGUAGUAAUAGGAAUGGGAAUGGAAAUUCAUCGCUCUCUUGCAAGCCCGAAUCGGGUGAAAUCUUGAAUUUUUGUGAUAGUACUAAGAAAAGUGCUAGUAGUGCAAAUGGGAACUUGUUUUCGGGUCAGUCCCAAUUUGGGGCAGGGGAGGAGAAUAAUAAGAACAAGAAAAGGUCAGCUACUUCUAGAGGAAGCAAUGAAGAAGGAAUGCUUUCAUUUGUUUCUUCCGGUAUGAAAUCCGGCGGAGGCGGAGGUGAAGAGUCUGAUCAUUCUGAUCUCGAGGCCUCGUUCGUGAAAGAAGCUGAUAGUAGUAGGGUUGUAGAGCCUGAAAAAAAGCCUAGGAAACGAGGAAGGAAGCCCGCGAAUGGACGGGAAGAACCUUUGAAUCACGUCGAGGCAGAGAGGCAAAGGAGGGAGAAAUUGAACCAAAGAUUCUACGCGCUUAGAGCUGUUGUCCCAAAUGUGUCCAAGAUGGACAAAGCAUCGCUUCUUGGUGAUGCAAUUUCAUAUAUAAACGAGUUGAAAUCGAAGCUUCAAAAUACAGAGUCAGAUAAAGAAGACAUGAAGAGCCAAGUAGAAGAUUUAAAGAAAGAAUUAGCGAGUAAAGAUUCAAGACGCCCUGGUCCUCCACCACCAAAUCAAGAUCUCAAGAUGUCUAUCCAUAAUGGAAGCAAGAUUGUUGACUUGGAUGUAGACGUUAAGAUUAUUGGAUGGGAUGCGAUGAUUCGUAUACAAUGUAAUAAAAAGAAUCAUCCAGCUGCAAGGUUAAUGGCAGCGCUAAUGGAAUUAGACCUAGAUGUGCACCAUGCCAGUGUUUCAGUGGUGAACGAGUUGAUGAUCCAGCAAGCCACAGUGAAAAUGGGUAGCCGACAUUUCACUGAAGAGCAGCUUAGGAUAGCAUUGACAUCCAGAAUUGCUUAAACACGCUAAAAAAAAAGACUUUAGAAGUAGAUAGAUCUGUUAAUUUAAGGCUCUAUGUAAUGUUUUUGUUAUCAAGUUAGAGAGUAAGAUCAAGGCUAUCUAAGUGUUAUUUUUCCACUUGUACCUAGGUUUAUGUCGAAAUAUUUUUGUACAUAAAUGUUGAGCCCGAUAUCACGAAGUCAGGCUUUAGUUCAUGUAAUUAGACAUAAAUUUGCAGCAUCGUCUUGUCUGUAAGAUUGCAUCAAUCCUUUGGAUAUAAAAGAAGAAGAAAUUGAUGGCUGGUGAA